AUGCUGUUCGACACUUUCGACAUCGUCUCCGCUCUGGCCACUCUGGCCGCUUGCCUUGUGUCCAUGGCCCUGCUCCUCGCCGUGUCCCAGCAACUGUGGCAGCUCCGGUGGACGGCCACGCGGGAUAAAAACUGCAAGCUGCCCAUGCCGAAAGGAUCCAUGGGCUUCCCCUUCAUCGGCGAGACCUGCCACUGGCUCCUGCAGGGCUCCAGCUUCCAUGCAUCACGGAGACAGAAGUAUGGCAACGUGUUCAAGACCCACCUGCUAGGCCGUCCUGUGAUUCGGGUUACGGGCGCAGAGAACGUGCGCAAGGUGCUGAUGGGCGAGCACACACUGGUGGCGGUGGACUGGCCCCAGAGCACGUCCACGCUGCUGGGACCGAACUCACUGGCCAACAGCAUCGGAGACAUCCACCGCAAGAGAAGGAAGGUGUUUGCCAAAGUGUUCAGCCAUGAGGCCUUGGAGUCGUACCUCCCUAAAAUCCAGCAGGUCAUCCAGGAGAGUCUCAGAGUGUGGAGCUCUACACCCGAGCCCAUCAAUGUCUACAGGGAGAGCCAAAGGCUGUCCUUCACCAUGGCUGUCAGGGUGCUGCUGGGCUUCAGGGUGACAGAGGAGGAAAUGAAGCAUUUGUUCUCAACCUUCCAGGACUUUGUUAACAACCUCUUCAGUCUGCCCAUAGACCUGCCAUUUAGCGGGUACAGAAGGGGUAUCCGUGCACGAGACACCCUUCAGAAGAGCAUAGAGAAAGCCAUCAGGGAGAAGCCCCUGUGCACCCAAGGCAAAGAUUACAGUGACGCGCUGGACGUCCUGAUGGAGAGUGCCAAAGAGAACGGCAGCGAGCUCACCAUGCAAGAACUCAAGGAAUCAACCAUUGAGCUGAUCUUUGCUGCCUUUGCCACCACUGCCAGCGCAAGCACCUCCCUUAUCAUGCAGCUCCUCCGCCACCCUCAAGUCCUUGAGCGGCUGAGGGAGGAACUAAGAUCCAGGGGUCUCCUUCACAACGGCUGCCUCUGCCCAGAAGCAGAACUGAGGCUCGACACCAUUAUCAGCCUGAAGUACCUGGACUGUGUCAUCAAGGAGGUGCUGAGACUCUUUACUCCUGUUUCUGGGGCCUACCGAACCGCCAUGCAGACCUUCGAACUGGACGGAGUCCAGAUUCCCAAAGGCUGGAGUGUGAUGUACAGCAUUCGGGACACCCAUGACACUGCUGCUGUCUUCAAAGAUGUGGAUGCCUUUGACCCUGACCGCUUCAGUCAGGAGCGGAGUGAAGACAAAGAAGGACGUUUCCACUAUCUGCCUUUUGGUGGGGGUGUCAGGUCCUGUUUGGGAAAGCAGCUCGCCACCCUCUUCCUUCGCAUCCUGGCGAUCGAGCUGGCCUGCACCAGCCGCUUCGAGCUGGCUACGCGGAACUUCCCCCGCGUGAUCACGGUGCCUGUUGUCCACCCGGUUGAUGGGCUGAAGGUUAAGUUCUACGGUUUGGACUCCAACCAAAAUGAGAUCAUGGCCAAGUCCGAAGAGCUCCUGGGAGCGACAGUUUAAAAGGGUGGAGGGGUUGAUGAGUGGCGGUAGGGGAGGAGAGCAGAUUUGCAAGGGAGAAGAUUUGAGAAAGGAAGAAAUACAUUUUAGAGUUAUCUUUUCCUUUCCGCCUUUUUUUUCCUGCCAAGAAAGAGAAGUCUUCAUGUUAUGCUACAGCUGAUGAUUUGGACUUUCCUUUAAGAAAGAAAGAAGCUGCCAAAAAAAGUUCUAGAGUUCUAUACUAUACAAAGAACUAUACAAACAAAAAGUA